CCGAGCUCCCGCGCCAUGGCUGAGAGGAAGCAAUCCGGGAAGCCGGCAGAGGACGAAGAAGUCCCUGCCUUUUUUAAAAACCUGGGCUCAGGCAGCCCCAAGCCCCGGCAGAAAUUCUGUGGCAUGUUCUGCCCGGUGGAAGGGUCCUCCGAGAACAAGACCAUCGACUUCGACUCGUUGUCUGUGGGCCGGGGCUCGGGGCAGGUGGUGGCUCAGCAGCGGGACGUCGCCCACUUGGGCCCCGACCCGCAACCGCCGUACUCCCGGCAGGGCCGGCGCGCCGGCGGGGAGCCAUCUGUUGAAUCGAACCGGAAGGUGGAGAUCCGGCGGGCCUCGGGCAAGGAAGCCUUGCAGAACAUCUACGACCAGAGCGAUCGUCUUCUGAUCAAAGGAGGUAAAAUUGUUAAUGAUGACCAGUCAUUCUAUGCAGACAUAUACAUGGAAGAUGGGUUGAUCAAGCAAAUAGGGGAAAACCUGAUUGUGCCAGGAGGGGUGAAGACCAUCGAAGCCCAUUCUAGGAUGGUGAUCCCUGGAGGAAUUGAUGUCCAUACCCGCUUCCAGAUGCCAGACCAAGGAAUGACGUCAGCGGAUGACUUCUUUCAAGGCACCAAGGCAGCCCUGGCUGGGGGAACCACCAUGAUCAUUGACCAUGUCGUGCCUGAGCCCGGGACAAGCCUGCUGGCAGCCUUCGACCAGUGGAGGGAAUGGGCUGACAGCAAGUCGUGCUGUGACUACUCUCUGCACGUGGAUAUCACUGAGUGGCAUAAGGGCAUCCAGGAGGAGAUGGAGGCCCUGGUGAAGGACCACGGGGUAAAUUCCUUCCUCGUGUACAUGGCUUUCAAGGAUCGCUUCCAGCUAACUGAUUCCCAGAUCUAUGAAGUCCUGAGCGUGAUUCGGGAUAUCGGUGCGAUCGCUCAAGUCCACGCAGAGAACGGUGACAUCAUUGCAGAGGAACAGCAGAGGAUCCUGGAUCUGGGCAUCACGGGCCCCGAGGGUCAUGUGCUGAGCCGGCCUGAGGAGGUGGAGGCCGAAGCCGUGAACCGCUCGAUUACCAUCGCCAACCAGACCAACUGCCCCCUGUACGUCACCAAGGUGAUGAGCAAGAGUGCGGCCGAAGUCAUCGCCCAGGCCCGGAAAAAGGGAACCGUGGUGUAUGGUGAGCCCAUCACUGCUAGCUUGGGGACUGAUGGCUCCCACUACUGGAGCAAGAACUGGGCCAAGGCCGCUGCUUUUGUCACCUCCCCGCCCCUGAGCCCUGACCCGACCACUCCGGACUUUCUGAACUCCUUGCUGUCCUGCGGAGAUCUGCAGGUCACUGGCAGUGCCCACUGUACAUUCAACACUGCCCAGAAGGCUGUGGGGAAGGACAACUUCACGCUGAUCCCUGAAGGCACCAAUGGCACCGAGGAGCGGAUGUCUGUCAUCUGGGAUAAGGCUGUGGUCACUGGGAAGAUGGACGAGAACCAGUUUGUGGCCGUGACCAGCACCAAUGCAGCCAAAGUCUUCAACCUUUACCCUCGGAAAGGCCGCAUUGCUGUGGGAUCUGAUGCUGACCUGGUCAUCUGGGACCCCGACAGUGUUAAAACCAUCUCUGCCAAGACCCACAACAGCUCUCUCGAGUACAACAUCUUCGAGGGCAUGGAGUGCCGUGGCUCUCCACUGGUGGUCAUCAGCCAGGGGAAGAUCGUCCUGGAGGAUGGCACUCUGCAUGUCACUGAAGGCUCUGGGCGUUACAUCCCCCGGAAGCCCUUCCCUGAUUUUGUUUACAAGCGUAUCAAGGCGAGGAGCAGACUGGCAGAGCUGAGAGGGGUUCCUCGUGGCCUGUACGACGGACCUGUGUGUGAGGUGUCUGUGACACCCAAGACUGUCACUCCGGCCUCCUCAGCUAAGACAUCUCCUGCCAAGCAGCAGGCCCCACCUGUCCGGAACCUGCACCAGUCUGGAUUCAGUUUGUCUGGUGCUCAGAUCGAUGACAACAUUCCCCGCCGCACCACCCAGCGCAUUGUGGCUCCCCCUGGUGGCCGUGCCAACAUCACCAGCCUGGGCUAGAGGCCGGCUGGCAGCCUACUUGGGGAUGGGGGAUGGGACACCUGAGGACAUUCUGAGACUUCCUUCCUAACUUUUUUUUUAAGAGCCUGUGAUAGUUACUGUGGGGCAGCCAGUUCACGGGGCUCCCUCUUGGGCCCUGCACUCCGUCCCUCACCCGGAGUCACUGAUUUUGCUCACCCACUUCCCUGUACAUCUAAGGAAUAUCACACCCAAGUCUACCCACCAACCCCAUACACGGAACUGCAUCCAACACUCAGACAUGCGAAACAAAGCAAAUCACAACGAGGGCGUUUUUCAUCUCUAACCUCUGUUGUACUUGUUACCAUCUUCCUUUUCAUGGGGGGAGGGGGGUAGGGUGGGGGGAAGAUAAAGUGAAUUGCCCAGAGCUGCCUUUUUCUUUUUAAAUUUUGAAAAAUUUUCUUCAUGGGUCUAGG